ACAUUCCUAACAACAUUAAAACACACAGCAACUUGCUGUAGUUGGGUAAUUACCCGGCCGGCCUUUUCUUUCCUUCCUCCUGUCUCAGACGUCAGGGUAUCCGCUAUCACCAUGCAUUUGGGAAGAUUUGUCUGCACAACGUUUUUCCUUCUACACCUAUUUCUUCUUUGUUGCGGUGCUAAGACACUCCCUUACCGAUGCCAGAAACCCUCUUCCUGCGGUCAAAUUCUCAACAUCUCACACCCUUUUGGAUUGAAAGGUGAUCCUAGAAACUGCGGUGAGAAACCCCGUUACCAGCUGGAAUGCGAGAACAAUAACACAAUUUUUAACUCGAAAGACCUCAAGUACUACGUGCUGGCAAUCGAUUAUCAGAAUUCCACGAUCCGAGUUGUUGAUGCUGGUCUUCUUCAAAGGAACAACUGCUCCUCCCUUCCUUUUCGUUCUUUCAGUUCUUAUGAUCUCGAGGAUCAUGGCUUAUGCCUACUGGCCAUGGCAACAGUUUUAUACUUGAGUUGUGAAAAUCCAGUUGAUUCUUCUCACUACAUAGACACUAGGCCUUGUACCCAUGGUGUUUAUAAUUCAUCCAACAGAUCCUCAAUGGAAAGGCAAUAUUAUUCUUAUGUUAUGUUGGGGUAUCGCAAAGUGUCAGAGAUUGCAGAUCACUGCAAGAUAGACAUGGUAGUCAAGUCGUCUUCUCCAACAAUAUACAGUGAAAAUCUUUCCUAUGCAGACAUUCACAACGAGCUCCUCUAUGGAAUUCAGCUUUGGUACGGGGAACCCAAUCCUAAUCCUUUCCGUUUUCUGCGUAAAAUCCCAGACUUUUUUUUUUUUAUAACGACUAGUGAGUAUUCCUAAUACCAUUUAUGUUAAUGAACGUUUUAUCUUUAUUUCUUUAGUUAGAUGUAGAGUAAAAUACUAUGACCUCUUAA